AUGAGCGAGGCGACGACGUAUCUCGAGCGAUUCGUGGACAAUCUCGCGGAGGUCCCGGCGGAGUUACAGCGCAUUUUACAGACGAUCGGGGAGCUGGACCAGAGGAACGCGCGGUUGCGAGACGUUGCGCAGGCAAAGGUGGAUGAGUGCGCGUCGGCGCCGAGCCAGAGCUCGAGAGGUGCGCGAAGCGCGGAUGUGGACGCCGUGAACGCGUUGAAGCAAGAGAUCGAGUCGAUUCACAACACCAUGUCGCUGGUGUCGAACGAAAAGGUUCGCCUGGCGCAGAUGGCGCUGGAUUUGGUGAAGGGGAACGCGACGGCGCUCGAUGCCGAGUUAAAGACGUUUCAUAAGGAGUUAGAGGAUCAAGGAAUCAAUCCCGAGGAGGACGUAGACGAUGCAUACGCCGUAGCGGCGGCGCAUCACGCGCACAAGCACCAAAGGCAUUACCAACAUCAUCAUCACCAUCAUCACCGACCGGCGCCUCAACCUCAACCGAGCGGCCAACCGGUGAGCUCUAUAGACGCCGGCGACCUCGUCGCGGCGAACGUGGGGGCUUUGAAUCAAAGCGCCGGUGGUCAAGAAUGGAUCGUGGCCAAGGUGACGAGAUACUCUCCGUCCGAGGGAGCGUUUGAGAUUGUCGACGCGGACGAAGAGGCGGAGAAGCACGUGUAUCGCUUGCCGCAAAAGUUCGUCAUCCCGCUUCCUAAGACAGCGUCCGUGCGCGAGUCGCAAAACUUUCCCGCGGGGACGAGUGUUCUCGCCGUGUAUCCGAACACGACGACGUUUUACAAGGCGAAGGUCGUACAGCCGGCGAGGAGGCUACCGAACGCCGAGUACAGCGAGUUCGUGUUAGAGUUCGAGGACGACGGCGACGCUGACGGGCAGGCGCAUCGUGCCGUGCCGUUCCGUCACGUCGUUCUCUUCCCAAGGUUGAUGUAG